UUCACAUGAGCCAGAUCUCGCCACAUCACCAAAACCGGCGAAAAGAAGGUUCACGUGUUUUCACUUUUCAUCUACGAGCAGCAGAGGACAUGUCAUAUACACAAUACAGAGAUUUAUUUUCUUACAUAUUUGUUGCUUGAGGCUAGGAUUGUAAUCAGCUUUCGUUAUUUCAAUUUCAUCCACGUGACAAAGUGACUUCCUUUUACAACGCGACUGUCCACGAGUCAAAACAACAUGAGCAAUUCACAAACAGCUGUUCACCGUGGGAUCGUGAAACAAGUCUUGUCGGGAGAUGCAGUGGUCAUCAGGGGUCAACCCAAGGGAGGCCCACCCCCAGAGAAAACAAUAUGCUUCUCCAACAUCACUGCCCCUCGCAUGGCUAGACGGCCCAAUCCAGCACAGGACAGCGUGGAGACAAAGGACGAGCCCUUUGCAUGGGAAGCCAGAGAGUACCUGAGGAAGAAGUUGAUUGGGAAAGAAGUGGCUUUUGUCAUAGAAUACACAGUACCAGGGACUGGAAGGGAAUAUGGCUGUGUUUAUCUGGGGAAAGAUACAUCAGGAGAGAACAUUACGGAGGCUUUAGUGACUGAGGGGCUGGUAGAAGUUAGAAGAGGGGGGCUCAGGCCCGAUGAUCCAGGUCAACAACAGCUGAUCCAGUUGGAGGAUGCAGCAAAGGCUGCUGGGAAGGGAAAGUGGAAUACAGCGGAGGCAGCUAAACAUGUACGCAACGUAAAGUGGAACGUGGAGAACCCUCGAAACUUUGUGGACUCUCACCACAACAAACCAAUUGAUGCUGUGAUAGAACAUGUGAGAGAUGGGUGCACUGUCAGGGCUUUCCUCUUACCAUCGUUUGACUAUGUCACCAUCAUGCUCUCUGGAAUAAAGUGUCCAAUGUUCAAGCAAGAUGAGAGUGGUAAGCAGGUGCCUGAACAAUUUGCUGCGGAGGCCAAAUAUUUCACCGAGGUCCGUCUACUGCAGAGGGACGUACAGAUCAUACUGGAGGGAGUCUCCAACCAAAACCUGCUGGGGACAGUCCUACACCCGAAUGGUAACAUUGCUGAGCUGCUGUUGAGGGAGGGAUUUGCCCGCUGUGUGGAUUGGAGCAUGGGCGUGGUCACUCAGGGGGCCGAUAAACUACGAGCUGCUGAAAAAGUUGCCAAAGAGAAGAAAGUACGAUUAUGGAAGGAUUAUUCUCCCUCUGGACCGACAGUUGACAUCAAAGACAAGUCCUUCAGUGGAAAGGUUGUGGAGGUUGUCAACGGUGAUGCUCUAGUUGUCAAAACAGAAAAGAACCAGUUUAAGAAGGUGUUCCUGUCCAGUAUCCGACCCCCCAGAAAUACUGCUGCUGCAACCGAUUCAGAAUCUCCUUCCAAAAGCCGAAUUCGACCACUGUACGACGUUCCGUACAUGUUUGAGGCAAGAGAAUUCCUGAGGAAGAAACUCAUUGGCAAAAAGGUUAACGUCCAGGUGGAUUACAUUCAGCCAGCUAACAACAAUUUCCCUGAGAAGACUUGCUGCACCGUCACCAUAUCUGGAAUUAAUGUUGGAGAAGCCUUGGUGGGUAAAGGACUGGCCACAGUGGUCCGAUACAGACAGGAGGAUGACCAGCGGUCAGAACACUAUGAUGAGCUGCUGGCAGCCGAGGCCAGGGCCCAGAAGAAAGGAGUCGGCCUGCAUUCCAAGAAAGAGGCUCCAAUCCACAGGGUGGCAGACAUCUCAGGGGAUGUGAACAAGUGUAAGCAGUUUCUGCCAUUUCUACAGAGGGCUGGUAAAUCGGAAGCUGUCGUAGAAUUUGUGGCCAGCGGGUCUCGUCUCAGACUCUAUCUGCCCAGGGAAACUUGUCUCUUCACCUUCCUUAUAUCAGGUAUUGAAUGCCCUCGCGGAGCCAGACCUCUCCCGGGCGGACAGAUGUCCCCUUCUGAUCCCUAUGGCGAUGAAGCACUUCAGUUCACAAAAGAAAUGUGCUUACAGAGAGAGGUUGAUGUGCAGGUAGAAAGUAUGGACAAGGGAGGUAAUUUCAUUGGUUGGCUGUUUGUGGACAACACUAAUUUAUCAGUGGCAUUAGUAGAAGAGGGUCUAGCCAAGGUGCACUUUACCGCGGAGAGGAGUAACUACUACAAACAGCUGAAAAUCGCCGAGGAGAACGCCAAAAGAAAUAAACGCAAUUUGUGGAAGGACUUCCAGGAGGCGACAGAACCAGAAGAGGUCGUAGAGGACACCACCGAGAGAAACGUCAGCUACAAACCCAUCAUCGUCACGGAGGUGGGCGACGACCUGAAAUUCUACGCCCAGCUGGUCGACAACGGUCCUCAGCUGGAGAAACUGAUGGAUCAGCUCCGACAAGACAUGGAGGCCAAUCCCCCUCUCCCCGGGGCCUACACCCCAAAACGUAAUGAUCUGUGUGCAGCCAAAUUCUCGCAGGACAAUGAGUGGUAUAGAGCCAAAGUGGAAAAGGUCGAGGGGUCAAAGGUCACACUUCUCUACGUUGAUUAUGGAAAUAGGGAGCAAACCACGACUACUAACCUGGCUACAUUGUCUGCGUCCUUCCAAACCCUGGCCCCACAAGCCACGGAGUACUGUCUGGCCUGUGUCGGCCUCCCAUCUGAUGAGGAUUUCAAGGCAGAUGCGGUCGACGCCUUCUAUGACGAAGUAGCAAACAGACAGCUGUCAAUGAAUGUUGAAUACAAAGUGGGGGGAUUAGAAUACGUCAGCCUGCUAAACCCCGACACAAAAGACGACAUAGCAUUGAAGCUGAUCUCUAGCGGUUACCUGCUAGCGGAGAAACGCCGCGAGAAACGGCUGGCCAAACUUGUCUCGGACUACAUGAAGGCACAGGAAAAGGCCAAAUCCUCCAGGGAGAAUAUGUGGCGAUAUGGCGACUUCACCGAGGAUGACGCAAAAGAGUUUGGAUACUCGCGAUAGACUGAGGUCGCGUCAAGACCCACCUAAAAGAUGUGAAACAUAAGUAGAAUCUAGCUUUGCCUCGCAAACACAAGUGGAAUCUAGGAAAUUUUCAUUUUUAUUCGAAUUGUUAUUUACAUAUAUUAUAAUAUAUAUAUAUAUUUUUUGCAAUUAACUUAUGAAUGUACAGGUAUGAAAUACAGUCAGAUGAAUUUCUCUUUUUUUUUUCGUUAUCGUUUUUAUCAUCAUUAUUUAGUAUACAAGUUUGUGAUGAUUUUUCUAUGCAUUAAAUUCCUAACCUUACAUAAAGUAUUUAUUAUAUAUAGAUAUUGUGUUGAUGCAUUUGACUCUGUUAGAUUUGCACGAUAUUGUGGGACAGAGGACUUAUAAAGAUGUGUUCAGGAGACCAGUAUCAAAACGAUUAUUAUGUAUCUGGUGCCAAUAAUUAAUAAUAAGUAUCUUUAGUUUUGAUGAAAACUUUCAAAUGAUUUGUUUGCAGCAUAUAUGUUUGUAAAUGCUGUAAAAAUUCAACACAUUAUUAAAAUGUCACUAAAAGUAAAAAGCAUGGAGCUGUCUUUAAAGCAAAUUGUAUGUGAUGCUGUGUAUCAUUUCUUAUUUGUGCUGUAAAGCUGAAAGCCUUGUACAAUAUUCAGGAAUUCUUGCAUGUAUCACUAUAAAAUUACAGUUAAUAAGUCAUUGAUGAAUGAUGUUUCAUUGUGUUUUAUUAUGAUGCAUACCUUAUGAUAAGGUAUCCAAACUGUGAAAAUCUACCAAUAACUCUAAUGUGUCAUCUCUUUUGUGCAUCUGUUGAUAUAAUACAUGUAUGUUCAUGUACCAUUAAUCAAUGGGAAUAAUACAUGCAUGGACAACUUAAUUUAUUCAAGAAAAAACUCUGUUGAAUUAUGCAUGUUACUAAAAUUUUCAUAGGUUUCCAAAACCCCUGUUAGAUUUGGUAGACAGGUCUUGUUUAAAACAAAGGUAAAAAGAAUAUUAAACAUGUAUUUUAAAAUCUUAAGAAAUAUUACCAUCUCUAUCCUUUUCAGAUUGAUUUUUUUUUAUCAUGUAUUAUUUGUCUUAAAGGUCACUUUGGUGAAAGCAUCAUAUCAAAUAUUUGUACGUAUAAGUUGGUUUAUCUGACUGUAUUAAUAGGAUGGGCAUUUGAUUUUCAAUGAGCAUGCGUUUCUGGUUGCCAUGACAGUUGUCAUAUCAGAAUUUAAAAACUGACGACUGAAAAGUAACAUGGCUUUUGCUGCAUUUUAAAACAUGGUUGUACUUCUUCUUUCAAUUGAUUUUCUUCUCAGAUAAAAAAAAAUAUUUAAAAAAAUAAUUUUAAAAACCUAAUUAUUUCUUUUGUAGUAAAUACAAGAUUUAGCACAUUUUAUAUAUUGAUACAUGUAUUAGAGGUAGGAAAUCCUCAAAAGAAAAUUAAAAAACCCCAAGCAUAUGCAAGGAAUAUACAUUGUUUGAUUGUAUCAAUAUACCAAAUGUUAUUUUAAUUUUUUUUUGUUUGAUUAAGAGUCAACUGUUUUAUGGUGCUUCUCAUUUGUUAUAAACUUUUUUUCCCCCAAAUAAUUAUCUUUCUGUCAAGCUUAUUCAACUACAAAUUAAAUUAUACAAUUUUUUCCUUAUAAUGUUGAGUACAUCGUGUAUGCAUGCCACCAGCUUAGUUCUUUGUAUUGACAGACAUUGAAAUAAAAGGUUGAAGGUUGCAGUAAUA